AGCGCGUCCCAGCCUGGCCGCGGGAGCCGGGCGCGCGGGGCAGGCGCGGGCCGCGCGGCAGCGCCGGGAUGCGGACGCCCGUGGUGAUGACGCUGGGCAUGGUGCUCACGCCCUGCGGGCUGCUGCUCAACCUGGUCAGCACGCUGGCCCCGGGCUGGCGGCUGGCCUCGGGCUUCCUGGACAAGCCGGUGGACGCCGUCCUGUACCAGGGCCUGUGGGACAUGUGCCUGGAGCAGAGCAGCCGCGAGCGCCAGUGCGGCCAGCAGGACGUGUGGGGCUACUUCGAGGCCCAGCCCGUGCGGGCGGCCCGCGGCCUUAUGGUCACGUCGCUGGCCACCGCGGGCCUGGGGCUGCUGCUGGCGACCCUGGGCGUGCGCUGCUGGCAGGACGAGCCGCACUUCGCGCUGGCCGGCCUCUCCGGCGUCGUGCUCUUCGUCGCGGGCCUCUUCAGCCUCAUCCCGGUCUCCUGGUACAACCACUUCUUGGGGGACCGCGAGGUCCUGCCCGGCCCGGCCAGCCCGGUCACGAUGCAAGUUAGCUACAGUCUGGUGCUGGGCUACCUGGGCAGCUGCUUGCUGCUGCUGGGCGGCGUUUCUCUGGCGCUCAGCUUCGCGCCCUGGUUCGAGGAGCGGUGUCAGGGCUGCCGCAAGGCGCCCCCCGCCGGCCCGCGCCGCAGCAGCAUCAGCACCGUCUACGUGGACUGGCCGGAGCCCGCGCUGACCCCGGCCAUCAAGUACUACAGCGAGGGCCAGCACCGGCCAGCACCGGCCGCCGACCGCGGGGAGGCCGCCAAGCCCAGGGUCGGCUUCCCCAUGCCGCGGCCGCCGCCCAGGGCCUAUACCAACCCGGUGGACGUGCUCGCCGGGGAGCGGGAGCAGGUGGCCGCCUCCCAGAGCACCUCUUCACCCAGCACCCGGCCCUGCCACAACUCGCUGCCCUGCGACUCAGACCUGUAGACGCCCGGCCCACCCCUGCUAGCUCCCCGCAGGCUCUGAGUUCAGCCUGGGUCUGAGGAUGAUCAGCUGCCCUCCCUGCCCUGUCCAACCUUGAACGAGUACGCUGCGAUGCAGGCUGCAGUUGCCUGGCUCUGAGUUGGAAGACCGCAGGGCGAUCUUCUUUCCCAGUGGCCGGACUCUGGACGGUUAGUUGCGCUUGGGUUCGGUUUUCUAUAUACAGAGCUCUGUUUUCUUCUCCAGAGGGAUCGGGUGCUCUUACAGAAUAACCAGUGUUUCCUAUUUUCUUGCUGAAGGAGAUCUAGAAAGAGCAGUGUGUGCAUCUUGUUGGCCAGGGACAAUAACAACGGAAAGUUGAAAUCAGCAAAUAGAGGCUCAAAGGCGAUUCAACGCCUUGAAACUACAGUGUUGUCAAAUAUCGAUGAAACGCGUCAAUGUUCUUAUUGUAUUUUUCCUGUUUUAUUGCUCCUUUGUCAUGCAAACUCUCAAAAGGCCAGUGUAUUUCUGUCUCAGGAGGCUGCUAAACUGGGAGCCCUGCAAAUGCCACCAGCGGUAUUGGUGCUCACAAAAUGCAGUAACCUGAAGUUCUUGGUGUGACACUUCUUCAGGCAUAAGUGGGAUUUAUCUUUCUUAUCACUUAUUUUGGUGUGAAAGUUGAGGUCGUUCAAGAGUUUCUCUUCCAAUAACCAGGAAAAUGAAGACAUUAACGUUUUAUUGUGCUAUUCCUUGGAUUCCUUGCCCUGGACACAAAGGACUACAGAUUUACUAUUUAUACAAAAUAGAACCUCUUAGUGACAUUUGGUUAAAGUACAUAUGUAUAUCUUUUAUUUAUAAAUAAAAAAUGUAGAACAAUUA